ACACCCCCCUGGAGAGCAACUGAACAACUUGUACACAUACUGUCCAUCAUUCUCAGCCCCAGCCCUUGUUCAGCCCCAGCCCUCACCCUAAAUCUAAUCAGAGCCAUACUCUCACCCCCAGCCCUAGCCCCAGCCUCCGCCCUAGCCCCAGCACUAGCCUCAGCCCCAGCCCCAGCCUUAGUUCCAGUCCCAGCCCUAGCUUUAGUCCCAGUACUAGAUUCAGCCCUAGUCCUACCCCCUGCCCAACACAUCAGGAAACCCCACGGUGGCCCUCAGUCGACACGCAGUCGACCAACAGACAUCCACAACCACAAAACCAACAUCAAACACCAGUCAACCACAGGCGUACACACAGCGACGUGUGCUAAUAAGGUGCCGUAUCAUCCCGUCCACCUCUACAGGAGUAGCCAACACACUGGCCUGGGCCUGGGCCUGCUGGGACCAGAGGGGAAAGUUCCAGAGUGGUACUCUGCAGAGAACAGGAUUAAUGACCAGCGGCAGGGACAUGAAAAGGAGAGAGAGAGAGAGAGAGAGAGAGAGAGAGAGAGAGAGAGAGAGAGAGAGAAAGAGACUGAACAGUAGUUAUUUCUUUGUCCUUGCACGCCUCAACAUCUGUGUCUGUCCGCGACUGCCGCGCGCAAUAAGGCAGCGGUCUCUUACCAAACAAACAGAUCAUUCCUAAGCCCACCGGCCACCGCAUAUCUAAGAGCAUUAAAACGUCCGGCGGAUAUCUUAUCUUCCAUAGACAGUUUAAAAGAGAGAGACUGCUUUAUAACUCGGAGAUGUGUUGAUGCGCAACAACGUGAGCAUAGCUGCGUGCAUAAACAGAUGCCCGGAUUGCUAAACCAAAACUAAAUGAAAGGUCGCUUAAAAAGUAUGAUGUCAUUUUCUGUGAAAUCGUCAGUCGUCAUACAUCAUCUGUCCUAUUGAGACAAGUGUCGAUGCUUAAAUAGCCAACGUGAUGAUUUUCCGUUCGAUUGAAAGCCGAGAAGGCUACGAGGUGAUAAUCAGAUGGUGAACAUGUUGUCCGUUGAACGACGGGAAAAAAAGAAUGUUUGGUGAACGCUGGCCAGGAUUUCUGAAGGUAUGUGCGCUCUAGGUUUUAGUUCAGUCCCACUAUGUAGAAUUAGGUUGCUGCACGAUCGAAGAAUCGACUGUUCUGAGAACUCCUAGUACCAACAACACACUGCAAUCGCGAGUAAAUAAUCUCGUGAAUUUGCCCAAAACUGUAAUAUAACAAACCAAAUGAAUCCAUGUCUCUGACAAAAUAACAGAGUGACAUAAUCUGCUUUCAGGUGGCACAAGUGUUAAAUGCUUGACUGCGCAUAUCUGUCGUGGCAACAGUUAAAAUGUACACAGUAUAGGCUACUUAUAUUCAGACCAGACGUCCUCAAGUUCACAUUGGUUUGAAGUCAUCUUCAACAGGGCGGUAUAGUCUCACAGUUGGACUCGGCAACAUUAUUACAAAACUGAAUUCCAUAUAGGAACAUAUGCAAUACAGUACACUUAUACGUAGGCUAUAUAACUUUACUGUCAGAGUAAAAUA